AUGGCUAUAUGUCUCACCCUCGUACCAGACCAAGCGUGGGCUGUGAGCAAUUUGUUGUCAGUUGAUCAUCCUGGUGGUGGUGGCAUUCCAGACCUGAUCAAAGAGACGUGCCAACACGCCGUUUACACCGACCUCUGCAUUCAAACCAUGGAAUUGGAGCCCGAUAGCGCAAAAUCAGAUAUCAAAAGCCUUGCUUCCAUCGCGUUGAAGAUCGCAGCCUCCAAUGGAACCUACAUCUCCGACUACAUUAGACGGCUGAUCCAGACGACCGCAGAUCCCUACCUUCAGCAAUGCCUAACCGACUGCUCCGAGAAUUAUAUAGACGCUAUCGAUCAGCUGGAGGACUCGAUUUCCGCUCUGGAAUCUAGAGGCUACAGCGACAUCAACCAUUGGGUGACUGGCGCCAUGAAUGAAAUAGAGUCGUGCGAGGAGGGAUUCAAAGAGGUGCCCGGCCAUACGUCCUUGCUAAGCGACAAGAACGCACUCUUCACCAAAUUAUGCAGCAACGCUUUAGCCAUUGCUAAUUACUUGGCUGGCCGCCGUGAGUGA